GUUGCAGUAAAAAGGCGAAGGACACGCCAGUACUUUACUGACUUUUGGAAUUAUCUUGACUGGAUUUCUAUGAUAACGUAUACAAGUGGUAUGCUCACAAAACUGGGAGAAGGAACUUGCUAUUUAAACGCAUCGAAGGUUUUGCUUGUGAUAGGUUUCAUCACAGUGAGCAUUCGAAUACUUCACAUGUUUUCCAUGUCAAAGUUGCUUGGACCAAAACUGGUUAUCAUCCGUAAAAUGUUUUUAGAUACCUUUGCACUGAUGACUAUCAUGUUUAUCAUCACAAUGUGCUACAACACAUCGUAUCAUGCGCUACUAUAUUCUGAAAACUCUGAUUUUACUUUUGAACAAUUUGAGAAAAUUACUAGGAAUGGAUAUUGGAUGUUAUUCGGCGAAUUGAAUUUGGAUGAUGCAAAACUGACAGAACCUGACUGUUCCUUUAACCAAACUGAAUAUAGAGAAGGGUCAAAAGAACGUUGUCCAUCAUCUCUUGGGAAGGCUGUGGCCCCCUAUCUGAAAGCUGUUUAUGUGCUCAUCGCAGUCAUAUUGCUUUUAAAUUUGCUGAUUGCCAUGUACAGUCACUCAUUUUCUAAGGUACACGAGAAAUCAAAAUUUUACUGGUCACAACUUCAAACCGAUUUCUUGGAGGAUUUCAGCAUCAGAAGUAUUUUUCCUGUACACAUGCAGCUUCUUGCUAUUCCAUUCUUUUUCAUUCAUGCGUGUGCGUGGGCAGUGGUGUCCAUUCCCCGAUAUGGGACUGUUAAAUGCUGCAGCUCUGAUGAUGAUGAUAAUGAUGUUGGUGAUGAUAAGGAUGACAUCUCUAAGCUUCGUCAUGCACCAUACAGUCCUGAUGAUGAUAUUAAAAAAUUGAACAAAGUCCCCAUGUUUGUACGAGUUUUCAUAUAUGACAGCAAUUACGAUUUGAAACUAAGAAAAACUAGAAAAACUGAGGGACAGGCAGCUCUGAGCACAAAGGGUGAAAUGGAUAUAAGUGAAGAAAAUAAGAUCACGGAAAUGAGUAGAAAGUUGAUAAGGCAUCAGAAGAAAAUACAAAAGAGAAUAAAUGAAAAUAUUCAAAAGCAGAUACAGAUGAAAUUAAGACCUGAAUCGAUUCAAAAAUCAAACAUUGAAGAUAAUUUGGGCACUUCGUUAUCAAGACGUCAGAGACAUCCUGCCAUAAAAAUCAAACAAUCUCUGAGUUACGAAUAUGAUUCUGAUUCUGAUGUCGAGAAUGAGUCGGACACUUAGAAGAAAUUCCAUAUUUGACUUUGCGAAGGCUAUAUAACAAAACUUAGAAGAAAUUCCAUAUUUGACUUUUGCGAACACUAUAUAACAAGACAAAGAGAGGAAAACUAAAAAGAAAUCCUCUAUUGAUAAUCUUGUACACAAAUAUGUUACUAAAACAAUAUGAAUGUUUUAUACUUAACAACAUCUAAACAUUAUAAUUUCGUUCAUCCAAGCCAUUUGAGACUUCCUUCCUUAUCUCCCGGCUUAAGCUUUUCCCAUGACAAUUUCAUAUCAUGGUACCUCUUCGGCCUGUGCAUUGCAGUUUCUAAAUUCCCCAACACGAAAUCGUCGUUUAUAAAGUUCUCACAUUUUCCAAUUCCCCACUUUUACUACAGAGCUAGUCUCAACGAAACCAGGUAUACAAUUUUGAUCAUACGAAGGGACAUGACCUAACAAAUGGAAAAAAAUAAAUCAAAAUAGGAUACGGUUAUUUCACUUUUUUUGCAAGAUGCAUAUCUUUUCUAGAGUGAAGAGAGGAAAAGUGAAUUUUAAUCAUGUGUAUAAAAUUAAUGCUUAAAUAAUAACAUUUUCAUCUAUAUUCUGAAAUACAAUUUGCAGACCUCAAACGCAAUUAAAAUUAUGCAGAAUGAGAAUAAAUUCCUUAUGCUUUGUUGUAAAAAAAAGAAUUUCAAAACGAGGCUUAAAAUAAUCAGUUGUGUGAACGUAUUCUCUUUUAUCCGCACCUACUCAACCAAAGUAGUAAAUUCAUUUCUCUUAUGCUUUACCAAAAAUAACACAUCUUAUGACUCAUAAAAUAUAAAAAUAUGUAUCUAUAUACAUGUAUAUAUGCUUUGAAACACUCAGAUGACAUUUUAUUCCAAUGGGCGUCUGCAGCUGAAUGAAAACUGCUAGGUAUAUAAGAUUUAAACCAUUUAUCUGGUUAUGAAACCAGCUACCCAAACCCCAAUUGCCUCAAAAACCUUAUCAGUUAUUGUUUAUAUUUCAAAUUAUUUAGAUGAAUAGGUCAUUUCUUAUGAGGAGACGUGCACUCCUUUGUCAGAGAAUGGCACUGUUCUAUCUGUCUGGUAUGAUUGUUUAUUUAAAAAAUAAACUUUACAUCCGAAUCAUCAUCUUUUUUUAAAAAGAAAAAUACAUCAGAAUUUUAAUCUUUUUUCAAUGUUCAAUUAAUGUUGAAAUCUGAGAUUAACACAAUUUUUGUUCAAUGUAAAUUUAUUGUUCAUUUGCAAUCACGUUUCAAAGUUAUAUUACGAAGUGAAAAAUUAUGAUUACUUUUUCAGUAUAACCUUGAGUUCCUUUGUUUGCUUAAG